CUCUCAUGUGAAAGAAAUGUCAAAAUCGACGAAUAUUCGUUCAUUUGUUGGUCGUGUCAUGUUAAUAAUGCUUUAAGGCAGUUUCCGUCAUACUGUUUUUUGUAUAUUUAUUGCGUUCCCAGUACUAUGUUGAACAACCUAUCAUAAAUUCGAUUUAACCCUCCGCGAAGUCCGAUCGAGUUGAACCAAGCCCUUUUGAACUUGAUGCAGAUUUACAAACGUCAGAGUCAAUCUUUAGUCUAGCUUGAAUACCUACUAACUUACAUUUGAAUUUGAAAGCAAUGUGAAUGCACUUCGAUAAAUUCCAAGUCAUUUUAAUAAAGUGUUAAUGUUAAUUUCGCAUUUUGAAUAAAAUUAAAAUCUCUUGCAAUAAUGGCUCAGCUAGUUAACUUACAAGUUGAUGAUGCUAUUCAAAGUUUAAUAAAAACAGCGGAACUAGUUGCGCAGUAUGGUGGCGAUGAACAAAAAAAUAUAGAAAAAUUUGGCAAAAUGUUAGAGCAACUCAUAUGCAUAAAAAACGAUGCUAAAAAAGCCGACAAAGCUUUCGAAUUAUCUAAAGACAAGGAAACAAUCGCAGAAUACGAUAAAACAUUUUCCCACGAACUGAGCAAACAACCAAAGUGCAAACCUAAGAGCACCGAUGAAUACAAACGUGUGAUGGAAGAAAUUGGAACUCUUCUAUCAAUGAACAUGGAAGUUGUAGCUUCUGGCAGCACCAGUGUAGUACAGGAUGAUGACUUUGAAAUGGAAAUUGAGAUAUCGGAUAUAGACCCUCUAACCAAGCGCCGAAUGACACAUCCCGUUAAAAACUCUAUUUGUGGACAUUACUAUGAUAAAUCUACAAUUCUAGAGUCUAUUAAAGUGAAUCCGAGGCUGCGAUGCCCUAUAGCAGGAUGUGGAAACAACCAGUUUGUACAGAAAGCUCACCUUGUUGAAGACCCAGUUUUCAGAAUGAAGCUCCAAAGAAGAAACGAGAUGAAUGAGAAUAAUUAGUUUUUUAAUAAACUCUCAAAAAAAAAAAAA